ACAAACAACACACGGGAGCUCAGUGCUGUGUCUCUGGGCAAAAGAUGAAGUUCGUUUUUUGCUUCAUUCGUGUUUCUGUGCUUUUGCUCAGUUUCUCCAUCAUUUGUCUGGGAGUCCUUUGCAUUUACACCAGUUCCUCUGUGUGCAGAUGCGGGAACAACAAGCUGGUUGUUUAUUUCCUGCUAGCUGUGGGGCUCUUGCUCCUCGUGGCUGGUGUUUUCUGGAGCACAGUCCAUGAAGCCAUGAAAUACAGGGGCCUCAGCAGCAUCUUCAUGAGAAAUCCCAGCCUUAGAGACCUCCAUGUCAGCACCAUAGACAGGCCGGACUUCUACCCCCCGUCCUAUGAGGACAGCACAGAUCCUGCAAAGCAGACCUUCCCGUUGCCAGCAGUCUCCACACCUAAGGAGCAAGAAGUCAUCAACAUCCCCCCGCCGCUGUACAGUGAGUGCAGUGCAGUGUCCUCCAGUGAAAAUAUCGAGGGAGAGCAGCCCCCACCCUAUGAAUUGGCUGCUGGCCAGGACUCGAGCCCAGAGAGGGACCCAAAUCCUGGUGCACCCACACAAGAACAUGUUUGCUGACAGCGUGGAAGCUGCCAAGGGACCUUGGAGAGAGCGGGGGAAACCUGGACGGAGCUAUGUGUUGGUGCUGCCUGACACCAUACCACAAAGCUGCUCCGGAAAAGCGCUGAUCAUCCUGGUGUUUGGGUGAAUUUGGAGGGGUUUCAAAGCAGCAGGAGGGUCUCUGCCCUGCAGGGGUUUGCUGAGUGAGGAGGUGCCUCCUGUCAUGGUCACGGUGCUCGUUCAGCUGGGAACAGACACCCGAGCAUGACGUCCUGUGUGGCCACUUGGCCUGCGGGGCUCAGAGAUGCCACAGCACUUAUAAGAGCAAACGAGCUGUCCACAGCAUUCAGAAAACCAGUUGAUAAGGUGUGCAUGAGAGAUGUGUUCACUGUUACUGCACAGCCUGAGGGAAGCCCCUGCUGGGGGCUGCUGCUCCCCUGGUGCAUCGAGGACAGACCCCAUCCCUCCCCCUAGGCAUGAGGGUUUGCUGCUCUGAUGAUCUGUGCCUUAAAAUGCUGCGUGAAAUUGCAGAUUCUUUGGGAAGAAAUGUAACAGUAAAUGGGUCUGAGAGCUAGAGUUUGUCCCUGUAAAGGUCAGUUGGAAAUCAUCUGUUGGUUUCGUUGAAACUAUAAUAACAGUGCCAUUUUAAAGCUUGAUACCAAAGCAGUUCUACCCAAAAGGUACAAUGGGCUUUGCUGAUGAAUCUUUGAUGUCUGAGAUUUUCAGCCUGAUACAGAAAUAUGCAUGCAAGAGUACUAAACUUACAAAAUCAAAUGAUAUACUGUGUUGCUCCAUUGAGAAUCAUACUCAACAGGAAAAUAAAUAAAUAAAUAAAUAAAUAAAGAUCCCACUGCUUACUAUAUAUUUUUUUAAAUGGCCAGAAAUGAAAAGCCCAACUAGCUAUUGCCAUUUUCAUAAAAAUUCCUAAUGUUUUUCUGCCUCUCAGACAACAGAGGUAGUCUUGAGAUAGAAACUGUUGCACUGUGUCUUAGAAAAGUCAACCUCACAGGUAAUACAAGUCAUUUCCUAUGCUGCUAGGUGGAUGCUAGUGAUGGAGCUUUGUGCUGCUAUCCAUCUUAAAAUGUCUUCUGCCUCACGAGGAGUUUUGGCUGGAAGUCCUCAUCUGUGUUUUUCUAACAUUAGCUGACUUGCAAAAUGUAUUAACUCCUGAGCUUGUGUCUGGAAUUUUUAACAUUUGCAGUAAUUGAGUAUUUUUGUAGCACAUGUCUUUGAAGUUACUUGUUUUACUUCCGGGUAUUAAUAGCAGGUAUUUUACUACUGAAUUCAUGAAUAAAUUUGUAUUUAAAACUAA